AUGUUGGAUCAAGAAAGAAUCAGUGUCAGUGGUCGAAAAUCAUGGUGUACCUGCUGUUUAAGCUUAAUCUUCGCAGCUGGAUUCACCUGUCUUUUGAUAUGGCUAGGUCUCCGUCGAAUGCGUCCCGAUGAUCCAAAAUGCUCGAUCGAAUACUUUUACGUUCCUGCCCUCAACACAUCUCUUAAUUCACGACUCAACACCACUCUCAACUUCAUGGUUCUUCUCGAUAAUCCAAACAGCGACCAAGGGAUCUACUACGACGAUGUCCACCUUUCUUUCUCCAACACUACCAAUGCCUCUAUCGCUAACUACACGUUGCCUCCAUUCUACCAAGGACUCAAGAAGAAAGCCAAGAAGUGGGGUCAGGUUCUGCCUUUGAACAACCAGACGGUUCUACAAGCGGUUUUGCCUAAUGGUUCGGCGGUUUUCCGUUUGGGUUUGAAGACGCAAGUGAGAUUCAAGGUUGCGUUUUGGAUUACAAAGAGGUACGGGAUCGAUGUUGGUGCUGAUGUUGAAGUCAACGGAGGUGGAGUUAAAGGUAAUGAUAAAGGUAUUAAGAUGAAGAAAUCUGAUUCUUCUUCUUCACUAAGAAGCUAUAUUCCGAUCUGUGUUUGGAUGAAUCUGCUCGUCUUCUUCGCCAUUUGUUAA